AAGCCAUUGGCCUUUUCUUUUCAAUCAUAGUGUCAACAAUUCACAGCAAGAAUUAAUAGUCAUGAAGAACCCCUCUAUUUCCUUCAUUUUCCUUGUCCUUGCUAUCCACUUGGUUUCAGCUUCAGCUCAAUUCUACCCCAAUAAACAUGAACAUGAACAAGCAAACCCAGGUGGUGAAUUGUUGGGGGAUGUGACUCCUCUAACAAUUCCCACACUGACUGAUAAAGUGGAUGAUUUGCUUUCUUUUGGUUAUUAUCAGCAGAGCUGCCCAAAUCUUGAAGCCAUCAUCAGCAGGAAAGUCAAGGAUUGGGUUGACAAAGACUUCAACAUAGCUGCUAGUCUCCUAAGGUUGCAUUUCCAUGAUUGUGCUGUCCGGGGAUGUGAUGCUUCCAUUUUAUUGAACCAUGAGGGAAGUGAAAGGAAUGCCAAAACCAGCAAAACUCUGAGAGGGUUCGAAGUUAUUGAUGACAUUAAAGCAGAGGUUGAAAGGCAGUGCCCAAAAACUGUAUCUUGUGCUGACAUUUUGACAGCGGCUACUAGAGACGCCACAGUUAAAGUUGGGGGUCCUUAUUGGAGUAUUCCUUAUGGUAGAAAAGAUGGACGAGUCUCCAUUGACAAGGAAGCUGAAUCUGUUCCAAUGGGUCAUGAAAACGUUACCGCUCUCAUGGAGUUUUUCCAAUCACAAGGCUUGAGUAUUCUUGACUUGGUGGUUCUAUCAGGGGCACAUACCAUUGGAAGGUCUUCAUGUGAACCGGUACAAGACAGAGUGUUUAACUACAGAGGAACUGGAAUGGCAGAUCCUUCCGUUAGUCCAGAGUAUCUUAACUUUCUGAGAAGAAAAUGCAGAUGGGCAUCAGAAUAUGUUGAGCUAGAUGCUUCAACUCCAUGGCAAUUUGACAACAAAUACUUCACCAAUCUUCAGAAAAAGAUGGGUCUUUUAUAUACAGAUCAAAUACUUUAUUCUGAUCUAAGGACUUCACCACUUGUGGCUACAUUGGCUUCCAACCCUUCAAUCUUCCGCAAUCAGUUUGGAGUUUCUAUGGCCAAACUUGGGAACGUCCAAGUCCUCACUGGUCAAGAUCGUCAAGGCGAAAUUCGUACCAAUUGCAAUUUUGUCAACAAUUAUUAAAUUUUCCUUGAUUAAUUUUGUUCCCUAAUUUGCUCAAUCUCUGCUCUUUUCAUUCUAAAAAUUAAUUUCCCUUUUGCUUGUUUGCUUUGAUGCAAGUAAAAAAUUAUUCUUGUAAUUGUUGUUUAUACACUUUGCCGGUUUAUAACUGCUGGCUCAGUGUAAUAUAUUAUUUGGUCAG